GGAGCGGGGGAGGAGGGGGGGAAAGGGGCGGUCGGGGGAAGUGCGACGUGUCUGCGAGCCCUUUUAUACCUCCUCGGAGCGCCCUGCGUCUCCGUCCGCCCGGAGCCGGCCGCGCAGCCUGCAGCAUGUCGGGGGUCAAGAAGCAGAAGACGGAGAUCCAACAGAAAUCCACCAAUGUAGUCUAUCAGGCCCACCAUGUAAGCAGGAGUAAGAGAGGGCAAGUGGUCGGAACAAGAGGCGGAUUCCGAGGAUGCACUGUUUGGCUGACAGGUCUUUCCGGUGCUGGGAAAACAACAAUAAGUUUUGCUCUGGAAGAAUACCUCGUCUCCCACGCCAUCCCAUGCUACUCCCUGGAUGGAGACAAUGUCCGUCAUGGCCUUAACAAAAAUCUUGGAUUCUCUCCUGGGGACCGAGAGGAAAAUAUCCGCCGGAUUGCCGAGGUGGCCAAGCUGUUUGCCGACGCUGGUCUGGUCUGCAUUACCAGCUUCAUUUCUCCGUUCGCAAAGGAUCGAGAAAAUGCCCGCAAAAUCCACGAAUCAGCAGGACUGCCAUUCUUUGAAGUAUUUGUCGAUGCACCUUUAAAUAUUUGCGAAAGCAGAGAUGUAAAGGGCCUGUACAAGCGGGCCCGAGCUGGGGAGAUUAAAGGAUUUACAGGUAUUGAUUCUGAUUAUGAGAAGCCUGAAACUCCUGAGUGUGUGCUUAAAACCAACCUGACUUCCGUGAGUGACUGCGUUCAGCAGGUGGUGGAACUUCUGCAAGAGCAGAAUAUCUUACCCCAUACAAUAAUCAAAGGGAUCCACGAACUUUUUGUGCCAGAAAACAAACUCGAUCAAGUUCGAGCUGAGGCUGAGUCUCUUCCUUCGCUGUCAAUUACCAAGCUGGAUCUCCAGUGGGUCCAAGUUCUGAGUGAAGGCUGGGCCACUCCCCUCAAGGGAUUUAUGCGGGAGAAGGAGUACUUGCAAACCCUACACUUUGACACUCUGCUGAAUGGCAUGGUCCUUCCUGACGGAGUGCUGAACAUGAGCAUCCCCAUCGUGCUGCCCAUCUCUGCAGAUGACAAGGCGCGGCUGGAAGGGUGCAGCGAGUUUGUCCUCGUGUACGCUGGACGGAGGGUGGCUAUUUUAUGUGACCCUGAAUUCUAUGAGCACAGGAAGGAGGAACGCUGUUGCCGUGUGUGGGGGACGUCAUCUACGAAACACCCCCAUAUCAAAAUGGUGAUGGAAAGUGGAGACUGGCUGGUUGGCGGAGACCUUCGGGUACUGGAGAGAAUAAGGUGGAACGAUGGGCUGGACCAGUACCGCCUGACGCCCCUGGAGCUCAAACAGAAAUGUAGAGAAAUGAAUGCUGAUGCGGUGUUUGCGUUCCAGUUGCGCAAUCCUGUCCACAACGGCCAUGCCCUGUUGAUGCAGGACACCCACCGGCGGCUCCUGGAGAGGGGCUACCAGCACCCGGUGCUCCUGCUGCACCCUCUGGGGGGCUGGACCAAGGACGACGAUGUGCCUCUGGACUGGCGGAUGAAGCAGCAUGCAGCUGUGCUCGAGGAGAGGGUCCUGGAUCCCAAGUCCACCAUCGUUGCCAUCUUUCCAUCUCCCAUGCUAUAUGCUGGCCCCACAGAGGUCCAGUGGCACUGCAGGUGCCGGAUGAUGGCAGGUGCCAAUUUCUACAUUGUGGGCAGGGAUCCCGCAGGAAUGCCCCACCCUGAGACCAAGAAGGACCUGUACGAACCCACUCACGGAGGCAAGGUCUUGAGCAUGGCGCCAGGCCUCACCUCUGUGGAAAUCGUUCCAUUCCGAGUGGCUGCCUACAACAAAGCCAAAAAGGCCAUGGACUUCUAUGAUCCAGAAAGGCACAAUGAGUUCGACUUCAUCUCAGGAACUCGGAUGAGGAAGCUCGCCAGGGAAGGAGAGAACCCCCCAGAUGGUUUCAUGGCCCCCAAAGCAUGGAAAGUGCUGACGGAUUAUUACAGGUCCCUGGAGAAGAUCAACUAGAUGCUCUUUUGCUCCAAAGUUUCUUCCUGAAGUGCUCUUUGAUUACCUUUUCUAUUUUUGUGAUUAGAUGCUUUGUAUCCAGCUGUUUCUAAGUGACUGAUUUUAAAGUUAGUAUUUUAUGAGGUAGAAAUUGUGCCUAUAAUUUAAAGUCAACUUCAUAUACAUAUGAAGAUAAAAAAAUCUUACCAAGUGGAAGCAACAUUGUUAUACAUUUCAGAGUGAAAUCAGCAAACUGUCUACUGCAUCUGUGCAGGUAGGUCCCAGGUUUCUUAAAUCUUUGACCCUGAGCCACUUACAUGUCAACUACAGCAGCAUAUUUUCCAGCCUAACCUUGCCAACCUGCAACCUGAAUAUCAUAUCCUAGUAGUAAAAUGAAUAGAUGCACUCCUCCUCUUUCCCGCACACUGCCCUCCCCCAUCAACCUAAAUGAGAUGUGAGUCACAUCAAAAUUCCUGUCAUCUUUUACCUCAUAACUACAUACUGCCUUACUGCCGAAUCACCGAAGUGCUGAGGACCUGACUGGAGAAACCAAAUGUGUGAUAAUGUUCAUUUAAUCUUAGAGAUCUAUGCAGCCUGCCAUGAAAAAGUUAUAGUGUCUGGUAAGAAGUCUUCAGGGCCUUCUAUAAAUAAGUCCAAUAUGGUGACUUUUAAUAGUGUUUUAAUGAAAGGAUUUGUUCCAAGGGAUCAAACAAUCCUGCUACCUUGAGGAAGGCUAUUUUUUGCCCUCUUUGCUGUGGUCAUUAUAUAUUAGACAGUCCGGGCCUGUUCCCCUGCAGCAGCAGCAACUGUUGCCAUAAAGAAUCCACACCAUGGGGCUGGGGAUUUAGCUCAGCGGCACAGUGCCUGCCUGGCAAGCGCAAGGUCGUGAGUUCGAUUCCUGCUACCAGAAAAAAAAUAAAAAAAAAAAAAAAAAAAAAAAAAAAAAAAAGAAUCCACACCAUGAGACCGCUAGAAGGUACUAGAACAGGAAGACCGCAAAAAUACAGAACUCAAACCUUUCGUCUUAGAGGUGAACUAAGGUGCACACGAAAGUGCUCCAUGAGCUGCAGAACACCGUAACAAAAGCACGAACGCAUUGGGAAGUACUGGCGGCCCCGAGUGAGUGCGCAGCCCUCUUGGCCCUGGUGCUGAAGCUCCUGGGUCAUGGGCCUCUUAAAAAGCCGUCUUCUUGCUUAUAGAAAUGUCUGAAUUUUUCUAAACUUCCCUGAUAUUUUACUGCAGCUGAAAAUGCUUUUCCAAGGACUUGAGCUGUUCUGAGAAAUCUUGAGAUGCCUCUCCCUUCUGAGAGGUAAUCUUUGUAUGUUAUGCAUAAUUCACUGUUGCCAGCAAAUGUAUGAAGAAACAGCACCUUUUAUAUAUAAUGUCACUCUGGAAGGGGACCUAAACUGGAAAGAGAAAAUUGUGAUAUGUUUCAUAUUGUUCAUCCUUUUUAAAAUGCUAGUCUUAGCUAAUUAAUAAUUGUUCUGAGAAUAAAUUACACGGAAUGGCCACAACAAAGUGUGUCCUUUAGUACCAAUAUUCAUUCACAGAGGUACUCACUAUCGCCUCUUGAAAAGCAGCAUAUUUAUUGGAAAUAGCAGGCGGGAUGUCGUGCCUUAGCCAUACGUAUUUUUAAAAAUAUAUUUACAACUGCUCUUCUGUUCUACUAUGAUUUGAUGCAAUGACUAUUUCUGUGUACAACUGAUGCUUGCCCUUACUUUAAUAAAUUUCUCAAAAUAAA